GAUUGAUUUAAUGAAUUGUGUUUAAAGGGGAACGAGUGUAUGCGCGUGCGCGAGUGUCGUGCACAUGCUAAUUGAGUGUUCAAUUCGUGUUCCUGUGCGCGGGCAAUAGCAGCACCAGCAGCUCAGACGUAGCCGCUGUUGCUAAGGUUCCCUCGGUGUCCCGCUUCAGGACAAAAAUGCAUGUUUUCGACCUGAUGCGGUGAUGCCAAAGGGGUCACUCACGUGUACACGUACAACCAGGGUUUAUGUGGACAGUUUCAAACUGGACUAAACAAUUCGCCCACCAAAAUCCCAUUUUUUUCGUUCCCUGGAGCCGAGCAGUGGAACAAGAGGGAACCCAGCAAGCGCCGUUUGCGGAUAUGAACCGAGAGACAGCAGCGUUAUAUGGGGGAGUAGCUUAAUGCUAACCUCCGAUAUAUUGGGAUUUUAUUCAGUUUACCCCGGGGCAGAAGGCAAAAACUGAAAGACAAAACUAAAUACCGUAUUGGAAGCUUUUAGAACGCCACAAGGUUCUCUCCUCUACAUCGCUGUUCCUGUGAUCUGUCCCAGAUCAGUUGCCAUCCUUUCCUGCCAGGUUGCCACAGCCACUAUUGGAGAUGGAUUGGGCAACUCCAUCGGCCAAGCUGAACCACUACACCCGAGCCCGCAUGUCAGAGGCCUGGCAGCAGCAUGCGGUUCCACCACCUCCAGUUGUCCACAGCAUCCCUACAGGAGCCGAGAACCAACUGGGCUGUGCCGUCUACGGUAUUGUACUGCAGCAGGACGCUACGUCGCUACAGCAGCAACAGAACCAGCAUGCCCAGCUUAGCCAGCACGGCGGUGGGCAGCUCGGUCAGCAGCAACAGCAGCACAGCUCCCAGGUCCCGCAGACCUCUCUGCAGGUCGGGGCAGAAGGAGGACACAAGUGUGGGGCUUGUGGACAUGACAUAUCCCACCUGGCAAAUCCACACGAGCACCAGUGCAUGGUGACGCAGGACAGGUCGUUUCAGUGUACGCAGUGCUUGAAAAUUUUUCACCAGGCUACAGACCUGCUGGAACAUCAGUGUGUUCAGGUGGAACAGAAGCCAUUUGUCUGUGGUGUUUGCAAGAUGGGAUUUUCUCUACUUACCUCUCUGGCCCAGCACCACUCGUCCCAUAACAGCAGCAACCCAAUGAAGUGUUCAAUAUGUGAGAAGACCUACAGACCCGGCUCGUCUGGUAACUCGUCAAACAGCCAACAGCAGUCCAACAGUGAUGGAGCUUCAACCAGCAGCAGUUCUUCUAUUCUGCCUUUUCCAUCGGCCCGGGACCGGCCGUACAAGUGCUCUGUUUGCCAGAAAGGUUUCAGACACCUGUCAGAACUCGCGCGGCACGAGCGGGUUCACACGGGCGAGAAGCCCUUCAAGUGUGACACGUGUGACAAGGCUUUCAGCCAAAUGUCGCAUCUGCAGCAUCAUCAGAAAACACACAGCAACGAGCGGCCGUUCAAGUGCGCUGUCUGUGAAAAGAGCUUUAAGCACCGCUCUCACCUGGUGCGCCACAUGCUGGUGCACUCUGGCGAGCACCUGUUCAAAUGCAACUUGUGCGAGCUGCACUUUAAAGAGUCGUCGGAGCUCCUUCACCAUCCCUGCCACCCGCAGGGCUCUCGACCGUUUCGCUGUGCUGCCUGCGGCAAAGGAUUUAAAAGGCCGUCGGACCUUCGCCAGCACGAGCGCACACACUCCGAGGAGCGCCCCUUCCACUGUGAUGAGUGUCAGAUGAGCUUCAGGCAGCAGUAUGCUCUGGUGCGACACAGACGCACGCACAAAGACCCCACAGACCGACCGUUCAAAUGCAAUCUGUGCGACAAGUGUUUCAUGCAGCCGUCUCACCUCCUCUACCACCAGCACGUCCAUGGCAUGGACAACCUGUUCAAGUGUGCCUCGUGCCAGAAAGAGUUCAGCCAGUCUGGGGAGCUGCUAAGACACAAAUGUGGCGAGCCGUCCAACAGCUCGCCGGACAAACCGUACAAGUGUGACGUCUGUGGUAAAGGCUACAAGAAGAGUUCCACGUUACAGCGCCACCAGAACUCCCACUGUCGUGAGAAGCCCCUCAAGUGUUCCCUCUGCGACCGCCGCUUCUUGUCGUCAUCGGACUUUGUCCAGCACCGCUGCGACCCAUCGCGGGAAAAGCCGCUUAAGUGCCCGGAGUGCGAGAAACGAUUCAAAUACAUUUCGGACAUGAACCGACACGUGCGCACGCACACGGGCGAGAAACCGUACAAAUGCGAACACUGCAACAAGGGCUUCAAACAGAAGGAGCAUCUGACCAAACACCAGAGCACGCACUCCAGAGAAGGCCAGUUCAAGUGCGUCUGGUGUGGAGAGCGUUUCAGUGACUUGGGCUCUUUGCAGGAUCACACUGUGCAGCACACGGCAGACGGAGGCGGUUACCCAGUGUCCCAGUGCUUAUAGGUCACUGUCAAAGUUAGACCCUCAACACAGUAGCCUCAACUCCAGGCCCUUUUGUCUACGUUUGUAGUCUAUUUAUUCUUCCUAGAUUUGGGACAUUUUCAGGACAGUAGAGACGAUUACUGUUGCAUUAUUUCCCUUCCACGUUACAUCUAUACUCUUUUUUUUUUUUUUUUUUUUUUUUUUUACCUCAACUCUCUUGUCCCGGAGCCUCACACGACUCCAACACCCGUCAUUCCAUCAAAUUGUUUGAAACAUAUUUCCUGCUUUUUGCGGCCGUUUAGAACAGUGAGGAACCAGUCAGUCAUAUUUAACUGCCAAACAAGAAUGAAUGUUUUUAACCAGGAGUUUAAAACUGUCUGUGCUGCACUGAGAUUACACUAAAUAUUUAUCACAGUUUCCUGAUUCAGUCUUUAUCUGUUAGACAUCAAUUCCUGGGACCGACACAUUGGAGUCACCAAGUCCUAGUUGUUUCAGAGCAGCUUCAAUCUGAAUUACAUGUUUGUCAGAAAACUAAGCGGUGAUGUGGUCCGAAAAAAAAAAAAGUCAGUCAGUAAUGGUUGACCAAUCAGAGUCAAUGUCCUCAGGUCUGGUGCCUAGUGUUAAAGCAUGUUAACACUUCUCUCACUUGAGAAAUAGUUCAAUCCCCAGUGUCUGAAUUAAGGCUAAGUUCACGCUGCAGAUGUUGUUGCUCAAAUCUGUUUAAUUUUCUUGACUCUCGUGAUUGAUCAACAUUCUGAAAUUGCAGCAACUUCCAACUUGAUAAACUCAAACACGCGUAGCAUCGAUACUCACGUCUGUGAACAGCGUUGGGUUUGACGCCACGUGUCUGGUGGCAGAUGCAUUUAAAGUAUCACGUGAACAACUAUGCUUUUGCAAAAAAUUCUGAAUUGAGCAACAAGACCUUUAGUGUGACCGUGGCCUUGGUCAUUAAGAGUUGA